CAUGACUUCACGUGGUGUGUCUGGGAGCCCCGGACACAUGAACAUGGUUAACGAUGCAGCAAUACUGACGGAAGACCGUUGUUGGUUCCAGAUUUGCCUCCACGUGCUGUUGGCGAUUGUUACUGCGCCUUACCGUCGGACCUUCAAGUUGUAUACAUGGAGACCGCUAAAGGAGAUGCGCGCAGCACGUGGCGACCGCAGUGUUCUGAUCCCACUCAUACGGCAGUGGAAGGUAGAAAAGUACGAGGAGUUGCGUUCAGUACAAGUAUCUGCUAGCUUUUGUGCUGGAGCUGCAUUAGCCGGCAUGCCCUGGUCCAAGACCUCAGAUGCUCUCUGGAUCGCCAGUGCUCUCUUUGUCAGCUGUCUUCUCUGUGCCAUCUGGGCCAUCAUCUCUUCUAUCCAGACCAAGUCGAUUCUUGAUGACUUACCUGCGAAGGAGGAUCUUGAUAUCAGCCUUGCGGACGUCGAAGUAAUACGCUUGCAGCGCACCAUUUUACGAUACAAAUGUACUCCCGCGUUUCAACACUGGGUAAUGCUGUUCAUCUGGCAGUUUCCUUCCAUGACCAUGGCCUACGCAUGGGUCACUUUCCUCGCAGCUCUCACCGUGCAUAUCUGCGCUCCUUUCAUUCGGCGAUCACCCUGGUCCGACAAGAACAAGACAGCAAUAGUGUACCUUGUGAUUGGCUUUCUUGGUUUGGCCACCUACAUUUUCACUGCCGUCUUUGUUUAUAUGAGCGAGAAAGACCUUGAGCAUCAUAUCACAGGCGCAAUGCAGAAAGACCAAGUACCUGAAUCGCCUCCUGUACUUCCGACAUUGGACCGGACAUCUGGCAGCAGCAAAGAAAGUGUGUCUUUCGAGCAGUUUUGCAAGGAUGGCUUUGAGGAAAUCGACCUUGAACGUCAGGCUGGUUCAGGGACCCCCCAACCGACAAGGCAGGAGGCGCCAAAGGACAGAAAGAAGCCAAAGAUGAUCUUGUUCAAUUGAGUCGCAUCUUAUGGACACAGUCUUGGAUUCCAAAAUGCAGAGUAGCAACGGCAAUGACCUCCUGACCUUUGCAUUUGUGGUCGGUCAGUCCGACAAGCGCACAAUGACAACCCUGUAUACGGUGA